GAGGUCGAACUACCGGAUUUCGGUUGUUUAAUUCAUUAGCGAUCACCGAUAUUUUUAUAUCUAAAAUCAAAAACAUUAGCAAUUAACGUUAGCUUAGAACUUAAGCAUGUUGGAAAUAUUGUGUCUUCCUCUAAAAGAAAUGUCGAGGAACAAACUUUGGCAGCGCAUUCCCAUUAGACCGAAAAAGUAAGAAAUAUUUAAGGUUGUCCAUAUGCUUAGCCUGGACAACAACCAGCUGUAAGAUACUUAGCAAUAUUUGUUGAAUUACCUUUCUUCAACCAUUUUCCCACAUCUGACACAUAUUAACAUUAGCAAAAUCAGUGUUUAACGGGUGAUUCCCCGUUCACGCUCGACUACCCUCAGUACGAGCGAUUUUCUAAAACUUGCUCUACGUAUCAGACCGCACAAACCAAUGAAUGUGCAAUAGGUAAUGCAGGGCGCGGUGGUUGCAGACCGUUUACAUGCGUGUGUGAAAUUUCGCGCUUUCCUGCACUUCAAGUUCGAGGUCGAUGUUCGACUUGAGCCCAGGUAGACAGACAUCCGCCCGCCCGAGCUCGCGGUUUGCGGUGGUAAGGCUGAGGUAGGCGGCCUUCAAGGUCAUGAUCAUGGUCUGCAGGCGUUGCCGCUUCGCAAAUCUAGGUAAUCUGGGCGUGCGGAAGAGGGUGUGUCUCCGAGAAAUUAAUGAACUCGGCAUCGAUGUCAGCGCGGGUUCCCCCAAAAGCGGUUAUUUUGUGAGACCGAGAUUAGUUUUUAAGCCGGCCGCUGGAACUAACGGAAACGGCGGCGAAGAGAAAUGGUACGACGAUAAAAACGACAAAAAACGGUCCGAAAAGCGUGUGUGUGCCCGCCUGCUGCUCGCUGAUCCCCGCCGGAGAUUAGCAUGCGAGCAAGCGCCGAACAGCCGCCGAACCGCGAUGGAGAGGUGUAAAAUUAGAUGUUACACUUUGUGACCACCGCAGAACCGCAGGAGGAGAAAGAGGGUGCGUGUGAAACCGAAUGUAAAUGAGCGCUCCCGAGCGUUAAUGAAUAGCUAACAUGAAGCCGAUCACGUUCGAAUCGAUCCGGAAUCUGCUCAAAACAAAGAAAAAGCAAAAAGACAAAUCUAGCAUCGAUCAGAGCUUCAAGCGAAGCGAUUCGUUCAAGCGUAUUAGCAUUCGUAAAAGCUACCUCGAACGUGGCCGGAAACGCAAUGCAGCCGCCGUACUACGCAGCUCGACGAAGAAUCUGGUCAACAUCAACGAGUUUGAAGACCAGGCCAAGGUCAUCAAACAACCGGACAAGUUAGGGAAACCAUCCGGUAGUAACAAUGAAGCCAGUAGUUCUUCCGGUGCAAAGGAGGAUCCCCCUCGUCCAACUCGCGAACUCACGUUCGAAGAGAAAUUGGAAUCCAAUGACGCGUCGUUGGAUGAGAAGAUCCGCGCACUACAGGAAAUCAACGAUCGCUAUAUUAGCGAAAAUCAAAAUCUUGUCGAGAAAGCGUAUGAGGCUACAAAAUGUGUUGAAAAGGUUAAAAUCAAAAAGCCUCCAAGGCCUUCAAAGCUCAAAAAGACUCGCGAAGCUGAAGUGCAGAAGUCGCAUCCCAUUGAUCUCAAAUCGAAGAGCACGGAGUCCAUCAAUACGCUUACCUCGACUGACACGAUAGAAUCCCAUAGUCGUUCCAAGAACGUAUCUCACGUAAAUAUAAACGCUACGGAUGUCAUUCCAGAAGAGGACGAAAGUACUGUCUAUUCCUACGAGCCAGAAGCUCAAUCAACCUGUAGAAAAACCGAGGACACCGAUGACAAGUCCUUCUACAGCAUCAGUACCUUCACGAUCGAAAGCAACACCAUGAACAAUACCAACGCUUCAUCGAAAAAAUCAUUCCGCAGUAGCUUCAGUACGUCCACCAAAACCAAAGAGCUCCCCACUUUGGUAACCAUCAAAACGUACUGCGAACCGAACGCUUUCAUGCAAUCCACCACCCACGUCAAUGAGCGGUACCUAGAAACCAGCUUCGACAGCUAUCCGGAAGACACGCUCACGCAAUCAGUUGCCAAAUCUGACAUCGUCCUCACAAAGUCCUCCAGCCUGCAGAAAGCGCAGCCAAAUGCAGAAAAACUCCCACUCGACGUUAAAACAUCUUCCCUCAAGGACACCCGUCCGAAAAUCAACACCCAGACAUUCAAGAUGAUCCGCAGCAAAUCCAGGGAAGGCAUCGUGAUACGAAUACCAGCCAUCGACAGCGAUCCCGAUCCCACCGAGAAAAAGAAAAACCCUGAUAAGGAACCGGACAACCUCAAUCGACAGCUCAGCAAUGAUUCCGCGCUGGACCUGAUCGACGUGGACAUCAAAGUUGACGAGAAGGACAUGCUGCAGAAUGUGGUGGAGCUGAAAAACCAAAAGAACAAGUACAAGAAGAAGGUGCGGAAAUCGGCCGGGAAAACGGCGACGCUGGAUAUCGAGGACUGCCGAAAUCACACGUUCAAAAGUCAUGAAAACUUCGAGGUGGAAAAACGUUCCGUGGCGAAGGAACGCGUUGAACCCAAGUUCAUCUUCCCCAGCAACUACUUUGAGGAAGAAAACAAUAUCUUCUACGAUCAGACGGUGUACGACGAAACGGAGAAUCCGUCACCUGAGAAUAGCAUUCCGUAUGCGCUGCGGAUAAAAGAGAAUCCUUUCACAAAGAAUAAAGAAUUCUAUUCCAUCAACACGGGUCGAAUAUGGAAACAGCUAAACCUGGGUCAAGAGGAAGACUUGUCCAUUCUGUCGGCAGCUCCACGACUGACCGCUUCCAAAACUAAGAAUGAAUCCUUCAAAUCAAUGUCAUCCCGGGACUCCGGCUUCAGUUUGACUCUCACAAAACCGAAGAAUCUAUUCCGCCGGAAAUCGAAAAAGGCCACACUUCUGCAACGAAGGAAGCCCAAACUGGCGGUCAGUCGAGAUGGCUACUUCAAACGGGUCAUGGUUGUGCAACGGAACUCGUCGAAGCGGAAACGCUCCAUCAGAAAACCGCGCAUGCCAAGCAAAGACAUUUUUCGCGAAAUGUACGACGAAAACUGGACCAAGCUGGGUGACGAUUUCGGUGAUCAGCAAGCACCCGAUUUCGCGCGGGAUUUCGAAAACUUUUGCAACACCCACCGGUACAACCAGGAGAUGCAUGACCUGGAAGCAUUCUACGAGGAACAUCUCAAACGACUGCGGCACUACUACAUCCAGAAGAAGAAACUAAACGAGGCCGCGAUUAAGGAGUUCUACCGGGACUACAACGGCGAAGGCGGGGAGGAGGAUAACGACUACUACGACACGUUCAUUGCUACCCGGAACGACACGAUCCGGUUCAAAAGCGAUGUCCAGAAGAAGUACUUUCAGGACAAGGAGACGGAAACGUCGCUGGAGUUUAUGUUUCCGCAUCCUGACAAGCGGAAGGCGAGCCCGGCGUCCGCCAAGCAAAAACCAAAAACCCGAAAGCACCUGUUCCACGAGGUUCGCCCAUACGGAAGCUCUCUGGAACCACUGAGCUACGUCGAAACGAGGUUGCUGAAUGGUUCCGAGUCAGGUCAGGACCCACUGAAGUUCCGCCGCUCGUCGGACGCAAAUUUCCAACUGCUGGCACCGGCGAAAGUGGACCGGCCCUUGGAUGGGGCAAAGAGUAAUGCCGCGGCGAAAGAAGGUCAAGUGCACGAAAUUUCCCUUGCAAACGUGUUCCCGUCGGUCGAUGGGAAAACGAAACCGGACCAUCCGAAGAAAGGCGAAAACGAGUGUGACGAUGAUGAUGACGAUGACGAAGAGUUUAGUGAAAAUGAGUUCUUGAUCAACAGCAUAGGCGAAAACCUGUACUGUUUGCGGUGUGAGAAGGUGAACAGUGAUUGCGAGUGUUACGAUGACACGACGGAAACGGCCAACACGAAUAGCAACGACAAUGACGAAGAAGAAGAAGGUGGUGAAUCCGGGGAGGGGGCUUGUGUGGUGUUGGGCGCGGAAGGUGAAGAAGACGACGAGGAUGACGAAAAUUAUUGCGAUGUGUUUGAAUUCGACGAUAUCAAUAUCGUGCACGUGAACCAUAAGAAGAAAGUGAAGAGGAAAAAGUCGAAGAAGCGGGUGAGGAAAAACCACUCGACCUUGAGGCGCGGCGGCUACUGGGGUAAGUUGGAUUUUGAUUGGUUUUCCAGGGAGUUUUGGGCUGUGGGUGCGGGACUGUCGCGUUUUGAAGCUGGUUUAAUUUUGGUAAAGCUGUCGGCGUGGUGUUGAUAUUAAAUCUCGAUUAGUGUUGGCUUGAUGGGAAAUUGAACGUGUGGUCAAGGUUGAAUGGCAGCGGAUGGAAAAUUAAUGAGGCUUUUGUGGUCCCAUGCCGGUUUAAUUUACAAUGAGUCCGGUAAUAAAACCAUUCUAGUAAUAAAUACCCAUCUAAAAUAAAGUAGUUUUACUUGUAAUGGAGUAAAACACGUGUUUUGCUGAACUAUUGAUUAGGCUACAAAAGACACUAAUUGCUAACGAUUACUAAGGACUAGGAAAAAGUAGUAGGUUUCCUCAAUUGAUACGUUUCAACACUUUUCCUACGUCACCAAUUAUCGUACUACGACAUCAGCAAAAAUUCCUCCCAAAAAUUUCUGGUCAAAUUUCCUCCGCUUCUGUUCUGGUACAAGUACAUUGCCUUUGAUCUGAACACUUUCACAUGUCGAAAAGUGGUCUUUCGUUUCGACCACUCUUCUUCUGGUGUUACGAACUCCAACGAUCUAGUCGGGCGUCGAAAAACUUUCCGUAGAACUUCAGAAAUUCCUCUAGAAUUCCAACAAGAGAUUUCUCCUGACGUUCUGUAGGGAUCGUCCAAGAAGAUCCUUAAGGGAUUACUCCAGGAGUUUCAUCAAGGGUUUCUACAGGAACUCCUUCUGGCAUCCCUCCUGGAAUUUCUUCAAGAUUCCCUCCUAAAAUUCCUUCGCGGAUUCCCCUUGGAAUUACUUUGAGAUACAUCAUGAAAAUUUUUCUUCGAUUUCUUCAGGAGGAUUCAUAAAUGCCUCAUGGAGAAUUCUGUAAAAAGUUUCUUCCAACUCCUGCAGGAGGUCUUUAAAAUUAGUCUAGGAGUUCCUGCAGGGAUUCAUUCUAAAGUUCCUUUAGAAAUUUCUACAGCAGUUCUUACAGAAAUUAGUCCAGGAGUUCCUUCAGAGAUUCCUCCAGGAGUUUCAGGGAUCUAUGCAGAUGUUUCUUCAGAGAUUCCUCCCGAAUUUCUUCAAGGAUUCCUACAGAAGUUCCUUCAGAAAUCUGUCUGAGAGUUCCAGUAGAAUGCAGGGAUUCCUACAUAAGAGUUCCUUCUAAGAUUACUUCAAGAUAUCCUUAGGGCAUUCCUCGAGAAGUUCCUUAAUGAAUUCUUAAAUGAAUUCUUCAGGGAUCGCUCCUGCAGAGCCUCUAGAAGUUACACCAGAGAUCUCUCCAGUAGCUCGUUCAGAAAUUCCUACAGGAGUUCUUUCAGGGAAUCCUGUAGGAGUUCCUUCAAUAAUUUUCUAAGGAUUAUAAUCAGCCAUAUCUCCAGGAUAUUCUUGACGAAUCUUUCAUGGAGUUUCUACAAGAAUUCGUUCGAAGUUUCCUUCUGGAACUCCUCUGGAAUUCUUUAGGGGACACCUCCUACAAAUCCUUUUCCCUACCCGUAAAGAUUCCCUUUGAGAGAUUCCGCUGAAAAUCAUUCGAGAAUUUGGCCUGGAAAUCCUUCGGAGAUUCUUACCGGAAUUCCUUGGAAUUCCUACAGGGACUUCUCCUGAUUUUUUACGGGGAUUCCUCUUAGACUUCCUUUUAAAGUUCUCCUGGACUUCCUUCAAAUAUUUCUCACGGAAUUCCUUCGGGAAUUCCUGCUUUAAUAUGUGCGGAAAUUCCUCCUAGAAUUCGUUCAGUAAAUUCUCCUGGCAUUCUUUCGGAGAUCCCUUUGAGGAUUCCUCUUGAAAUUCUUAUGGGGAUUCCUCCUUGUUGAGUUCACUCCAGAUUACGUAUACUUUCGGAUGCUGCAGAAAUUCCGAAUCCCGCACUCAUGUAACGAACAGCGAUUUAUUAUUCACUCCGCUCCCCGAUGUGGUUACACUUCUACUGUCGCAGCGAGCAUUUGCUGCGGCUGCAGCAUCUAAUUGCCUCUAUCGUUUUCCAUGUUUGUUGUCCCUCCUCUUCUAAAGGCUUUUUAUCAAGGGGUACAUCAAAAGUGUUUAUAUACUUCACAUUUCGUUAUUAUAUUUAUAUUAUGUGUAUUAUAUUAUAUUUCGUCGUGGAUUCCAGCAAAUUCUUUUAUGAUUCCUCUUAGAUAUUCUUUCAGGGAUUCCUCCUGAAUUUCAUUGAGGGGUUUCUUUCGGGGAUUCUUCCUGGAAUUAAUUCGAAGAUUCCUCCUACAGUUCCUGCGGGCUUUCCUCUUCUUCGAUUAUUCCGCUUGAAAAUUCUUCGAAGAUUCCUCAUAGAAUUUCUUCAGGGGUUCUCCCUGGGAUUCCAGCAGAGACUUCUCCUGUAAUUACUUCAGUGAUUUCUUCUAGAAUUACGUCGGGUAUUUCUUCUGGACUUCCUUGAAGGAUUCCUUCUGGACUUCCUUAGGGAAUUUCUCUUUGAAUAAAUUCGAAUAUUCCUACUAGAAUUCCUCCGGAGAUUCCUCCAAGAAUUUCUUCGGGGAUUCCUCCUGGAAUUCCUUCAGAGAUUCCUUCUUGAAUUCUUUCUGAGAUUCCUUUUGGGAUACCUUCAAAGAUACCUCCUAGUGUGCUUUCAGGGAUUUCUCCUGGAAUUCGUUCGGGAUUUUUCUUGGAAUUCCUUCUGGACUUCCUUCAAGGAUUCCUCCUAAAUUUUCUUCAGGGAUUCCUCCUGAUAUUCCGUCGGGGGUUCCUCCAGAAAUUUCUAUGUGAAGUCCUCCUAGAAUUUCUUCUGAGAUUCCUCCUGGAUUUCCUUCGGAGUUUCGUUUUGGAAUUCCUGAUUUAUUUUCGAAUAUCUUUGGAGAUUACCCUUUUGAGAUUCCUUCAGGGAUCCCUAAUGGAAUUCCUCCGGGAAUGCCUCAUGGAAUUCUUCUGAGGAUUCCUCUUAGAAUUUCUUCGAGGUUUCGUUCUGGAAUUCCUUCAGUGCUUCCUCCUAGAAUUCCUUCGGGAAUUUCUUCUGGAUUUCUGUCGGGGAUUCCUCUUGGAAUUCCUUCGGUAAUCCCUCCUAGAAUUCCCUCAGGAAUUUGUCCUGGAACUCCUUCAGAGAUUCCUUCAGGGUAUUUUUCGUUGAUUCCUCCUAGAAAUCCUUCUGGGCUUCUUUCUCGAACUCUUUUGAAAACUCUUUCUAGAAAUCCUUUGGGGAUACCACCUGAAUUUCCAACAUGGAUUUUUUUUUCCUGUUCGGAUUUGUCACUGCGACCAGUUUUUAGAUCUAUUGUGACAUUACCCGUAUCCUUAGUGUAGUGCAUGUCGCAUUACUCAAUUGCCAUUGAGGGGCAAUAAAGUAUCGAUUGUGAUACAGUUUUUGUUUUGUUUUCUUAGAAAACAAAACAAGAGUACUGAUAUUGGCCAUGCAUCGGAAACCUAGCAUCACCCUUGUUUUACUGCUAAAUUCUCCCCAGUAAGAAGUUUAGAACCCGGGUUUUUACAUUAGCAGCAAUACCAUUCCAAUAAUGGGACAUAUGUUCAGUAAUAAGGAUUCUAGUAUGUUCCUUGCAUACCAGCACUUACCUGUCUUUGAAGAGUUAGUACAUACAUGGAUCCCUAACCCGAUUUGAUGUCCUUUGCAUCAAGUUUAGCCUCAAACGGUGAGGUU